AUGGUGCGAGCUGCAGGCAGGACGGCAUCGCCGCACGGCGCCGCGAAGCCUUCAUCAAGCACCAGCAUCCUCCCGCUAAUCACCGCCGGCCACGUGUCCUCCAUCUGGCACGACAUCGUUCUCAUUCCGCCUGCCCCCGUUGCGCUGGCGCGUGCCCAUUCCCCCUCCGGAAUCUCCGCGCGGCGCCAUAAUCAGCAUAGUCAUCGUCGCCACCAUGAUGACAAUCACCUUCAUCGUCAUGAUCCUCCGCCGGCGGCGACGGCGGCGGUGGCGCUCUCGACCUCCACCUUCACGUUUGUCUGCCGCUCCGCCGCUUCCCGUUCCGCCGAGUCGCCCUCCGCCGCCCCCGGCGACGGUGGCGGCGGCGGGAGGCGGCAGAAGGACGACCCUCUGCGAAAGACGUUCCGCGAAAAGCGGAAGGUAUUGGCGCUGGACGGCAGUCUUAAAGUGCAAGCCGUCCCGUCGUCGUCAUCCUCGGAGUCCAAAUCGGCCGAGUCGCCCGAGUCGGCCGAGUCGCUGCUGCUGGCGGCACCGUGGAACAUGGGCAUCCUGCCGCAGACGUGCGUUCUCGCGCCGCGAUCCAUGUCCAUGUUCUUCCACUGGGGCCGAGCGGUCAACAAAUGCGCCAAACUUCUCCCCUCUUUCUCAUUCGUCGAAAGCCGUCCCGCGGGCGGAGCAUCGGUUCCUGGGGAGCGCGGAGCUGGUUGCGCAGAGGACGGGGGGAAGCAGGCGGAGCAGCAACACGAAGGGGAGGAAUGCAUUUGGGAAGCUAAGAACACGUGGACGAAUCGGAAAGCGAAGAAACGGAUAGAUCCCGCCGCGCAGAGAGCGGCGCAAGCGGCGGCGGAAGCGGCGGAAGCCGCGGCGCAAGCAGCGGCGCAAGCCGCGGCGGAGUCGGCGGCGGAAGCGGAGCACACGAUCCGUUACGCGCACCGCACGUGGCGGAUCCUGUGCCACUCGCUGCGCCGCCCCGUGCUGCGGCGCAUAGCGCAUGUACCGGAGAGCCAUGGCCGGGAGCGCGCGGAGGCGGCGCAAGCGGCUGUUAGACAGCUGGAGGAGGGACAGGAGGAGGAGAAGCAGGAGCGGAAAUCACCAAAGGGGCACGAGGGAGGAGGUGUGAGCAGUGGCAGCAGCAAGGGCGUGCCUGUUGCUGCCUCUGCUGCAUUCUCGGCUGCUUUUAAGACUGCUUCUGCCUCCGCCCAAGACUGGCCUCGCAAGCACUCUCAUGCUCACGCGCAAGUGCUCACGCUCGCGCACCCACGGCCGUCGUCAGCGUCUCUCGCUGCUGCUGGUGCUGCUGGUGCUGCUGGCGAGCAGAGACAGAGGCACAGCUGUACAGACCUCACGGAUCUCGCCUCUGUGGGGGAGGGGGAGCAGCAUGACUGGCUGAACAGCCCUGCUUCCGCUGGUUACAAGGAGUUUGGAGGAGGAGGAGGGACAAAUGCAGGGGCAGGGGGGUCGCUGCAUGGGACCGGUAAAAGAAGCGGGCUUCGAGUUUCCAUGGGGGAGAGACCCGGGGGGUAUGAGAAGCAUGAGUGGCUGCGCAGUCCGUCUGCCGGUCAGGGGAUUCUUUUUGCUGCCCGGGAUGCUGUGGAGGGGGCUAAGGGCGUGGCUGAUAAGGUGGCAGGCGUGGCUGAUAAGGUGGCAGGCGUGGCUGCGAAACGCAUUGCUGUGGCGGGGGCUGUAGCGGGGACUGUAGCGGGGACAGUGGCAGGGACAGUGGCAGGGACUGUAGCGGGGACGGCAGAGCACGUGGCUGGGAAUGUGGCAGGGGCGGCAGGGGUUGUGGUGGGGAGAGUGACUGGCGCGGCAGGCGUGGUGGGAGGUUCGGUGACCGGGGCUGCUGGUAAGGUAGCCGGGGCUGUAGCGGGGACGGCAGAGCACGUGGCUGGGAAUGUGGCAGGGGCGGCAGGAGUGGUGGCGGGGAAAGUGACUGGGGCGGCAGGCGUGGUAGGAGGCUCGGUGACCGGGGCAGCUGGUAAGGUAGCCGGGGCUGCAGGUACGGUAGCAGGUACGGUUAAGGAUGCUGCAGGUACUGUAGCAGGUACGGUAGCUGGGGCUGCAGGUACGGUAGCAGGUACGGUAGCCGGAGCUGCAGGUACGGUAGCCGGGGCCGCAGGUUCGGUAGCUGGUACGGUGGCAGGUACGGUUGCAAGUUUACCCAGGGGCGCGGUGGGGGUUGUGUCUCGCAGAGUGCGGAAUAUAGGCGCGGGGGGGAAGGCGAUGAGUGCGCAUGUGCGCAGAGGAGCAGAGGCUCGGAUCGAAGCUGCACAGAGCACUGUGAAAUCUGUCAGUGCAAGAGUGCAGCGGGGCGCCGGGGCUAGCUUCGGAGUGGCUCGGAAUGCUGUGGAGGAGAGGCUCGGGAUGGGCCGGCAUGGUUCGGAAGAGAGGCUCGGGAUGAGUCGGCAUGGUUCGGAGGAGAGGCUCGGAAUGAGUCGGCAUGGUUCGGAAGAGAGGCUCGGGAUGGGCCGGCAUGGUUCGGAGGAGAGGCUCGGGAUGGGCCGGCAUGGUUCGGAAGAGAGGCUCGGAAUGAGUCGGCAUGGUUCGGAAGAGAGGCUCGGGAUGGGCCGGCAUGGCUCAGAGGAGAGGCUCGGGAUGGGCCGGCAUGGCUCAGAGGAGAGGCUGGGGGUGGAUUGGCAUGGUGUGGGGGGUGGGAGUGCAGUGUUUGAGUCGUUUGAAUUGGUGGGUGAAAAUAUUUCGGAGGGAGGCAGUGAAGCACUAGAGUCGUUUGGAAGGGUUGGUGAAGCUAGUUCGGAGGGUGGGAGUGUGGUGUUAGAAUCGUUUGAAAGGGCGGUUGAAAAUGGUUCGGAGGGUGGGAGUGUGCUGGGGAUGCCACAAACAGAGGCAAAUCUUGGCACCGAGGCGAGUCCUGGUGCAGAGGCGAUUGGAGCGUUUCAAAGCGGUUUGGAGGAGUCUGGUAGUGUGUGGGUGCAGAGAGAAGGCCCAGGGGCGCAUUCAGAUUUGGAGGCGUCUCAGCGGAGUGAGGGUGCAGCGAGUAAUCACUCACCUGAAAGAGAGGUGGAGAGCAAGAGAGGGGGAGUGCAGAGCAGUACGGAGGAGUCUACGAGUGUGAGAGUGCGACGAGAAGGCUCAGGGGCGCAUCCUAAUCUGGAUGCGUCUCAGCGGAGUGAGGGUGCCGUGAGUAAUGACUCGCGUUUAUGCGAGUUGGAGAGCACGAGUGGGGGAGUGCAGAACGGUGCAGAGGAGUGUAGCAGUGUGAGAGCGGGGCGAGGAGGCUCAGGGGCGCAUUCAGAUUUGGAGGCGUCUCAGCGGAGUGAGGGUGCAGCGAGUAGUGACUCGCCAGAAAGAGAGGUGGAGAGCAGGAGUGGGGGAGUGCAGAGCGGUGUGGAGGAGUCUAGGAGUGUGGGAGUAUUAAGAGGCGGCUCAGGGGCACAUUCUAAUCUGGAAGCGUCUCAGCGGAGUGAGGGUGCAACUAGUAGAGACUCGCCAGAACGCGAGGUGGAGAGAGAGAGUGGGGGAGUGCAGAGCGGUGCAGAGGCGUGUUCUGAGGCACCAGGGAAACUCCCCUCUUCUUCCCUCUCACUCCACUCUUUCUUCCACCUCUAG